UCGUCAGGAAUGCUAUCAAUGCUAGUGAUUCCAUCCACAUGAUAUGUAAAUCUGCGGUUUGCCUCCGUCUCACGCUAACCGUGAGUUUUCCGACGUUGAACUUCUGCCGCAGCUGCAGACCGUAAACAACAAAGGAUGUGAAGCAUUUUUCUGUUUUAUAGCAAACUUAUUUCCUCUCAGAAUGGCUCAACCGGCGGAGAAAGCUUACUAUCGUUUCCUGGUUCUCUUCUUUAACUGCCUCCUGACUUUUGGUUCCUACUUCUGCUUCGACAUCCCCAGCGUCCUGCAGGACCAGUUCCAGGGGAACCUCACAUGUCCCAAUGCAACCACGAUCAACGGGACUGUGGACUGUGUGGAGGGCCUGGGGAUGAGUCCGGAGCAGUACAACCUCCUCUAUGCCAUAUAUGCUUGGACGAACGCCGUGGUGGUGAUUCUGGCCGGAUUCCUGAUCGACAAAUUAGGAAAUCGAUUCGGGGUGUUUCUCUUCUCCUUUCUGUGCGUUUUGGGCUCGUCGCUGUUCGCGCUCGGCUCCCACUUCAGAGGAACUCCCUACCUUCUUCCACUCAUGCUCACGGGACGUUUAUUAUUCGGUUCCGGCAAUGGAUCUUUGACCAUUGUGCAGAACCGCAUCACGGCCUUCUGGUUCAAAGGGAAGGAGCUGGCUCUGGCCUUCGGUGUGACGCUCGCCUUCUCCCGUCUCGGUUCGGUCCUCAACUUCUUCUUCACGCAGAAGUUUGAAGACAAAUACGGGAUGCAGUGGACGCUGUGGGGAGGCGCUCUGCUGUGCGUGCUCGGCUUCGUUUCUGCGGUCGUCGUGAGCGCUCUGGACAAGAUCGGCACGAGGCAGCUGGGCCUGGACGGGGCCAUCGCAGAGGAUUCCCGCAAAGUGAGGGUUCAGGACGUGAAGCUGCUGACUCUCCGAUACUGGCUGCUGGUCCUCACCAUCAUGUUCUUCUACAACGGCAUUUUCCCCUUCAUCGCUGAUGCCAGUAAGUUCAUCCAGGAUAAAUACAGCGACUACAGCCAGAAAGAGGCUGCGUACGUCGCGGGCGCCGUGUACGACAGUUCGCUGGUGCUCUCAGCCGGCGUGGGCAUCCUCAUCGAUUAUGUGGGUCUUCGGGGAGUUUUUGCUGUGGCCUGCGCCGUUUUCACGCUGCCCGUCUUCGGACUGCUGGCUUUCACCUUCGUCCCUCCUCUGGUCUCCACCAUCUGGCUGGGAGUCACUUACUCCUUCGCUGCCGCCAGCAUGUGGCCGUCCAUUCCCCUCGUGGUGCCGCAGCCCACGCUGGGGACAGCCAUGGGCCUGGCCACCUCCGUGCAGAUGGUCGGCAUCGGCGUGUCCAACCUGAUCGUCGGGCAGAUUUUGGGCACCAAAUCCAGCGAAGCUAAAAUCCCGCUGUGGCGCUGGCAGAGGAUGAUGAUCUUCAUGCUGGCCAACACCGUCUGCUGCAUCGUCGCCUCCGUUCUGCUCAACAUCGUCGACCGCAGUCAGGGCGGGACGCUGAACAAGACGACCAAAAGGUCGCGGCCGGCGGAGGGAGACGCCGAGCGAGAGCCGCUCACCCGGGCGCAGGAAGAGGAGGAGCAAAACCAGACCAAUUCCAUCAACUCAUGAGGUUUUCUAAUGUUUUAUGUCUCAAAAUGACAAACAAGCUGCUCUGCCGCAUCUCAGUUAAAUACAACUAGCAUCUUUUCUCCAGUCCGACGUUUUGACGGCGUAUUUGGAGCUGCUCUACAAAGAAAACAUGGAGUCGAUUUCUGCCAAAAAAAAGUUUGAAAAGUCUUGAAAAAAUUCAGGAAUUUUAUUGAAAAAAUCUUGGAAAGUUUGAAAUUUUUAAUGCUGAAAAUUUCUAGAAAACAAACUCAAAAAUUUUUCAGAUUAAUCUGAGAAAUUUUGUAGAAAGGAACUUUGAAAUUUCUGAGUCUGAAAAGUUUUACAUUUCAUAUUAAUCUUAUAAAAUUUAUUGAAAAACUGGGAAAUUUCUGAAUUGAAAAAGUCAUAAAUUUGCCAGAAAAUGUUUUUAACUUGUUUUUAUUUUGACAAUAAACCUGAUUUAUAUUUUUCUUUUUACCAAAACAAUAUUGAGAUUUUCUGACUUGAUGUUUUUGUUGUCCUGUCUGAAUUUAAAGGGAUACUAGAGAAAAUCUUUCAAACUAAGUAAACUAAGUACACUGUGCCGUUCAAAAAGUUAUUUGAUUCCAUUUUUUUCUCACUUUAAUAAAUCUGAAACGUUUGUCACAUUUAUCACCAAGUUUAAAUGUUUAAACUCUUCCUCCAGGCCGGAUCUAGGCACUUAUUUCUGUUUUUUUAAAUUGAUUUCUGAAAAUUGAUUUCUAUUUCCAGUUUUGUUUUUAAGGUUCAGUUCUCAACGACACCACCGGAUGGCGCUGUUUCAUUAAAUGUAAUCUCGUAACGUUUGUAUUUUGAUUACAAAUCCAAGCUCUUUUUAUCAAUGUGAGACCAAAAUGAUGAAACUUGUUAACAAUAUAAUUUUAAAAAUGACAUGUUUUCAGAUCAAAUAAAAAAAUAUUCCAUUAAUCCCAGAGGGAAAUUAAAUGUUUUAACUCCUAUUUUAAAAGGCACUUCUGCAGUAGAUGCUGUAGAGGUCUGUACUGCAGUGAUUUUGAUGAAGCCUCUGACUGAAGACAUCAUAGAUCGGUCCAUCGUAUCCGGUUCCGCCCGGUGUUCCCUCUGGCGCGCGUCUCGGCUCUUUUUGUUUAUGAACGUUUCAUUAUGAGUUUGACUGACGGUUUUACCACAGAAUGUUGUUUUUCUUAAACAUAUCCUACAGGUGAGUCUGAUUUCUGUUUGUUUCUGUUCUUUCUUUUUUAUCACUAGAGACAAAAUAAUUAGUAUCUAACAAUAUUUUACAAUCAAUUGUAUUUUUUUCUCCCUGUGGUUCUUAGUUUAAAGGGAAUCAGUAAAUUUCCAGCUGAAUUAAGUAAAUAAUCUACUUUUUAAGUGUUUUUCGUGUGACUUCUAACACUAUUCAUACUGUAGAUGUUUUAAUACCUGGGCUGAAGAUUGUAUAUUUCAUUAAAUAAUUGUUCUUCAUAGUUUUUUCAUAAUAUUUUGUUUUUUCAACUUUUUAAAAUUUUCUUCUGAGAUGUUGUGACUGUUUUUAAUGAGUCGAAUUUGUAGUUUUUGUGUUUAUUUCUCUUUAAACAAACAGUGAAACAUUUGUAAUUUAGUUUUUUUUAAACCACUCGGAUGAAAAUGAAAAUAAAAAAAGCUUUCAGAUUCAGUAAAAAUCACACUUGUAUUCAAAAUGAUAAACGCAGAUUCACAAACA